GCCUAAAGGCAGCUCCACAGCCUCCUUCUUUCUCCUCAGUCCUGUGGCAGCUUGGAUCAGGCCUAAAGGAUGAACAUGUCCCCCACAGUGGCCUCUCUGCUGUGGCUUGGGCUGUGUCUGGCUCAGAUCGCUGCUGCAGGGGCUCAAUCCCUCCCUUCAAUGGCCUCCUGCCCAUCUUCCAGUUCAGAACAGAAGGGCACCUCCAUGGCAGGGACCCCCAAACCCUUCAUUAGGGCUGAGCCCGGCUCUGUGGUGCCCAGGGAAGCACACGUACGUUUCUGUUGCCGGAGCACAUGGAGAAGUGGGAGUUUUCAGCUUUGGAAGGAUGGAGGAUGCUCAUUUCAGAUAAAUGCCUCCAGAGAGCAGGCUGAGGGCUGCUUUCCAAAAUCAGUAGCUGCUGCAGGGAACUACAGCUGUCGCUACUCCCGGGGACUCCACUGGUCGGAGCUCAGUGCCCCCCUGCAGCUGCUGGUGACAGGACAUUUCUCCAAACCCUCCUUACGUGGAGCACCAAGUACUGUGGUCUCUGCAGGAGACACAGUGACCCUCCUGUGCCAGGCGUCACCGACCUAUCAUAACCCCAAAAUGACCUUCUUUCUGCUGAAGGCUGGGGUGCCCCAUCCCGUACAGCGCCUGAGCCCAGAAGGGGAUGUGGCCAACUUCACUCUCCCGUCUGUGAAGGCUGAGGAUGCUGGGAGCUACAGCUGCAUUUGCUCAGUGGGAGAGAGAUCAUCAUCUCCCAGUGACGCCCUGCACUUGGAGGUGACAGGUGGAAAGGACGCACAUCCCCCCAAGCCAGGCUCCGACACCAUUGUCAUUGUUACAGCCAGCUGUGUCUCUGUCUUCCUCUUCCUCCUCCUCUUCCUGGUCUUUCUUUGCUGUCGUCACACCCAGCACUGCAGCUUACAUGGAAAAGCUCCCAGGAGGCCCUCCAGCAGCCCAGGGGACCCUGAGCCUCUCCGCCUCACCUCCCUCCCUCCACAGGAGAUCACGUAUGCAGAAGUGUCCAAGGAGCUCCAGACAGAGCCAUGGGCCUCCGAAUCUGAAGAGCCGCAGGGGGUGACGUACACUCAGCUGAGCCUCGCUGCCCUCCAGACGGGGCAGAGAGCCCCGACUGCCACAUGCCCGGAGCCCAGCGUCUAUUCCACUUUGGCAUUGCACUGACGGGGGAGCAGACCUGCCAAGAGAGGGGAGAGCAACGAGCGACGGGAAGAGGUGCAAAGCUACGGAACGGACAAUGGCUACUCUGCCCAAGGACUGCCCUCUUCCACCCCACUUACCGCAGGGGAGCCGGGGGAACACAGGCCUCACGUCAUCCGGCCUGGGCCCCUUCUAUGUCCGUCCAUAACAAAUCGGGCCAGAUUUGGCUAGAGGCCUUCUGAGCCCCCUCCUAAUUCCACGGUCCUGAGCGGAUGGGAAAACAGCCCAGGCUUGUCACCAUUCCAAUUCCUUGGAGACCGUAAAUUAAUUUAUAGUUAUUUAUUAGUACAAGUUGGAGAAAGCGAGGAAAAAAGGUUACCUGCCCCCAGCUUAACCAGACAGCCGCCGAGCUGGACCACGCUUUCUCCCUCUGCUAUUCUCCGCUGCUGGCCAAGAUCGUCCGGUCAGAGAAGUCCAGAGUCUGGCCCGUUGGCCAAUGCUCCAGAGUAGGGGGCACAGAGCCGAGUUCUGGUGCCGGCAGAAAGACCCUCGGAGCUUGUCCUGGCCGAGCCCCUCCUACUGGGACUGCCUGGUGGGACUUGCUUAACGUCGAUCCCAAGCUCCGGCCCAAGUCCUCACUCCCAGACUUUUGCCAGAACGCCACGCUGGCACCCUUGCUCGGCCGGGCAAAGGCAGGCUCGGAUCAAGAAUCGGUUUUCAAGCCGAAUAAGCAAGGACACUUUGUAUUAAGUUCACUCAAGCUUCGAGGGUACAAUGUUUCCUGUCCUCCUCUCUGUAGCUCUGAGCAUCCCUCUCCUGCCUACUGGUGGUGCUGAGCUAGGAUGGCGAGGAAGUGCCCGGGGAGAGCCGGCUCUGAUGCCCUCCAGGCUAGGAGUCUAAAGGAAAGCAAGUACCAGCCAAGGGCCACAUUCAUUCCACGGCUUCCUCUUAUGGGCCCCCCAGGGGGAGUUUAACCCCUGACUCGGCAGUCUCUCAUCACGGAUACACUCAGAUUCGCUGGGGUCCAAAGAGCUCUUCCCUGCUUGGGGUGGCCUUUCCAGCUCUUCUCGCCCCUCCCUCGACCAUGCUAAAGCAAGGAACACUGGCUUCUCAUCCCUGGUGGUCUCCGGCUGGCCAGCUCUUUUGGCCCCCCCCUUCUCUCGCCCUUUUCAUCAUUCCUUGGGUGCUGCUGCAUUUCCCUUUGCUAGCCAGAAAGAACUUCGUUUACUGACCUAACUGCUGGGUAGCCUUGUUUGGGUGAUAGAAGUUGGGGAGAAAAGGGGAGGCUGCAUAAUGUGGGAGACUCAUCAGACUCCUCCAGUGGAGACAGAAACCAGGCUGGGAGGAGUCUCAGCAAGCUGGCAGCUCUGCCUGAGAUGAUAGCAUUCCAAGGCGUCCCCAGGUGAUGGGCAGGAGAAACGGAAGCAAACAGCCGUGCAGUCUGAUGCCAUCAUCUCCUACACUUACGCCAGUUGUGCUUGCUGAGAAGAGGAGAACACCCUUUUGGCAGGUACUGGAAGGGCCCUGUAGGGCUGCCCAUUUAGCAGAGCAUCUCCCUGGAUUAUGGCUGCCAGCAGCCAGAGUGUUGUGAUGAAAGGGGAAAGGAGAAGACCUUCCUUGUGGUCUCUACAGCUUCCUCUAUUGCAAACCAGAGUGACUAUGGGAAAUCAGCUAUAUCCCAGCCUUUCCCCUCCUUCCCCACCUCUCCCCAGUUUAUCCACCCUGCAGCCUCCCAGCUUGUGCUUUGGACAUGUUGUUUGAGUGGAGUGUGGACUAGAUCACCUCUGAGGUCUCUUCUGUUGAAGCAACAAGACCCUGAUUCAACUAAUUAACUCAGUCUUGAGAAGAUCUGGAAGAGGGCCACUAGGAGAGAGGCUGAUCUAUGAAAGAAAAGGCCCAUUUCCUCUGGACAUCCUGCAGGUUUUGCCCUAUGGCAGUGAGAAAUUGAAUCUAGUGGUCUCCCAAAAUAGCAUCAGUUGAAAAAAUGGGCAAAGUAGAGCCUGGAGAAGAGAAGAGUUAGGAAGAACAGGAUGGCUUUUCCAGUAUCUGGAGGGCUGUCCUUUGGAAGAAGAAUUAUAGGACUCUUGCUCUAAGGGUCAACCUGGGAACAAUGGUUACAAGUGGUUGCCAGUUCCACAUUUGUGGGAUCUUUGAGCUGAUUGUUGCCUCAGGAGUCACCUAGUCCAAGCAAUACAAUAGAAUCCCCUUAACUAUCCCAGAAAAUAUUUGUCUAGCUUUCACAUGAAGACUUCUGGGAUGGAGACCUGGUUACCUUUAGAAGAACCAUCUACUUUUUCCAAAUAUUUGUAUUUAUUUUGUUAACUAUUUCCUAAUUACAUGGAAAAGUUCUUUUUAAACUUUCAUUAAAAUUGUUUUUAUUUCCAAAUUCCUUCCCUUGCCCCUCCUUGAGAAGGCAAGCAAGUUGAUGUUGAUUAUACAUGUGAGAUCAUGGAAAACAUAUUUCCAUAUUACACAUGUUACAAAUAUAAAAAAGGAAAAAUAAAGGAAAAAUAUGCCUUGA